UCACAAGAGCCAAACCAAUAAGAGAGAGAGAGAAGAAGAAGAAGAAAAGAAAAAAGGGAGUGUAAAAUGCAACGGUUCAGCAACACAGUGAUAGGAUUCUUGAACUUUUUUACACUCUUAGCAUCAAUACCCAUCAUUGGUGCAGGUCUAUGGAUGGCCAGGAGCACCACGACUUGUGAAAAUGUUUUUCAAACGCCACUUCUUGUUAUAGGCUUUGUUGUGCUUGUGAUUUCACUAGCAGGUUUCAUAGGGGCAUGUUUUCAUGUGGCUUGGGCUCUUUGGGUGUACUUGGUGAUCAUGUUGUUCCUUAUAGUAGCCCUCUUUAGUUUAACUAUAUUUGGUUUUGUUGUGACUGGCCAAGGCAGGGGAGUGGAAGUGCCUGGUAGGGUUUAUAAGGAGUAUCGUCUUGAAGAUUAUUCACCAUGGUUGAGGAAUAGGAUAAAGGAUCCUCAAUAUUGGAGUACCAUUAGGAGCUGUAUUUUGGGGUCUAACACUUGUGCCAAGCUUGUAUUUUGGACCUCUCUUGAUUAUAUGCAGAGGGAUAUGUCUCCAAUACAGUCUGGAUGUUGUAAACCACCAACUGCGUGCAAUUACAACGUGGAAACAAUGGUGACCCAAGAUCCAGAUUGCUACCGUUGGAACAACGCCCCCAAUUUUCUAUGCUACGAAUGUGAUUCUUGCAAGGCUGGUGUACUUGAAAACAUAAGAAGGGAUUGGCACAAGAUCUCUGUUCUUAAUGUUGUGGUGCUUGUGUUUCUUAUAGGUAUAUAUUCCAUUGGUUGCUGUGCUUUCAGAAAUGCUAGAAGAGCUGAAACUGAUUACCCAUAUGGUGAAAACCGCAUGACCAAAGUUAAACCCAGAUGGGAUUACUAUUGGUGGAGAUGGUGGCAUGACAAGAAGGAGCAGCUUUUUUAGGUCUUGGGGUGCUCAAAAGAGGAGGCAUUUCACUAGUUUUUCAGUAUAUGAUCUUAAAAUAAUUUUCAAGGCCUUUGAUUUACCAUUAUCUUGCUUUUGUACAAAUCUUCAUUUUACUUUAUC